CUCCCUCUUUCUCCUGGUGGUUAACUGGAUUAUGAAGACCUCGUUAGCUGAGAGGAAACACGGAAUACAAUGGACAGCUCGGAAUCAAUUAGACGAUUUGGACUUCGCAGAUGAUCUGGCCCUCCUAUCCCACACACGAACAAAUGCGGAUGAAGGCAACGAGUGUAGCAGCAGCCCCUGCAUCAGUAGGCCUCAGUAUACACAAGGGAAAAAGCAAGAUCCUGAAGCACAACACGGAAAGCAUCAACCCAAUCACACUUGAUGGAGAAACUCUGGGAGAGGUGGAAACUUUCACGUACCUGGACAGCAUCAUCAAUGAACAAGGAGGAUCCGAUGCAGGCGUGGAGGCACGGGUUGGCAAAGCAAAGCCAGCAUUUCAACAAUUGAGGAACAUGUGGAACUCUAAACAACUGUCAACCAAUAUCAAAGUCAGAAUCUACAAUACGAACGUCAAGACUGUCCUACUGUACGGAGCUGAAACUUGGAAAACUACUACAACCAUCAUCAAAACGGUGCAGGUAUUUAUAAACAAUUGUCUAUGUAAGAUACUUAAUGUUUGUUGACCGGAAAGCAUCAGCAGCAGCCUACUGUGGGAGAGAACAAACCAGCUUCAGCUGAAGAGGAAAUUAUGAAAAGACGUUAGAAGUGGAUAUGACAUACAUUAUGGAAAUCAUCAAACUGUUUCACGAAGCAAGCCGUAAUUUGGAAUCUUGGAAAAAACGGAAAGGAGGAAGUCCAAAGAACACACUACGUCGAGAAUUGGAAGCAAACAUGAAAAGGAUGAAUAAAAACUGGAAAGGAUUGCUCAGCACAGAGUUGGAUGGAGAAUGCUAAUGAUCAGCCAAUGCUCUUCCACGAGGGAUAAGAGGCAUAAGUGAGCAAGUUUCAGUCUAAGAAAUUAUUAUUAUUAUUCACAAACAGCUAAUGGGUACAUAAGUUUUGUGAAUAGGCCACUUUAAGUUAUUUCAGAAAUGCAAUGAAACACAUGUUUCAGUAACGUUAGCAUAAUAUCUGCCAUAUUUAAGCAGGUUUUAUGGCAUUGCGAAGAAUAUUGAGAUAAAUUUAAGUAACUUAUUGAUAUUUAGGUUCCCUUGAGAUAACUUUGAAUGGUCCAUCGGAUGGAGGGCUAUGUGCUACAUUUAUUUUGUUACGCUAUAUCCAGACGUGCUUACAAUUAUUUAGAUCCUAAAGUACAUAUGUCGCUUGCGAUUGUUCACCAGUAGUUAUUGGUUUAAGUUUGUACAUAUGGUCCCAUAGUUGGUCUACGUAACCUUCUAAAUCAUACAGGCGUAAGUAAGUAACUGUUUCAUUUCAGCAAGUUACAUAGUGUGACAAUGCAAACCUGACCAGCUGUUCAAGUUUUUUGAUUAUCAUUAGGGUUCGAGGCUGUUAAUAUGACGAGUUACUAUAUUUGGUUUCCUCAGUUGCUAUCAAUUGACUGCAACAUUAAUCAGUCGUUCCAACAGUCAAAUCGUGUACGUAGUCAAAAUAUUUAGUUUUAAAUGUCUUUAUUUUGAGUUUGGAUAGAUUUAAUAAAACUACCGUACACUUUUCACUUUUGGCACUGAAUGUUUUUAGCCAUAAUUUUUACAUAGCAUCUAUAAUUAUCUAGUGUUUUUUCAUAUAUAGUCAUUUCUUACUCGCCUCUCGGUCAGUAUGCAAAGAGAUAAUGCUCAAGCAAAUAUUUCAAAUAAUACAAUAUCUGGUAAUUCGGAUUCUGUCAUGGAUCAGCUUGGAACAACUACUGCCUUGAUGAAUACAUCUUCCAAUGUUGGAAGUAGACCAGUUUCUGGAUCUCCUCGUACACCUGGUUCUGCUGGUAGAUCAAAGGUAUUCGACCAAAUAUUUUUGUCACGCGUUGCCGUCGUCGGGUCUUUCACGAUUUAUAUUGGUUACAAUGAUAUCUUGUUAGUUCAGUUAUUCUGCUCAUCUGUUCCGUCAAAAUACGUGUUAUUGUCUCUGUGGACGGAUUCUAUAAUGUAUAGAAAGGCUGGGAUUGCAUCAAUUAAAAGCAAAUCGCUUGCUCAGUCGAAGUACAAAGAAAAAAGUGAUGAGUUAGCAGGAAAUCAGAUAACAACACUAUCACGACAGUUUGAACAAGUUCGUCAGUCGCUUGAAUUAUUUGCGAGCAAACACGGGAACAAGAUUAAAGAGGAUCCACAGUUACGUUCACAAUUUCAAGCAAUGUGUAGUAGUAUUGGUGUUGACCCUAUAGCAUACAGUCGUGGGUGUUGGUCAGAAGCAUUAGGUUUGGGGGAAUUUUACUACCAUCUAGGUGUGAAAAUUAUUGAGGUAUGCAUGGCUAACCAAAAACACACUGGAGGCAUUAUACCUCUGCAUGAAUUGGUAUCUCUAUUAAACAAAAACAGAACACGAUAUGAGUCUGAAGUUAGUGCUGAUGACGUAAAAAGGUCUAUCAGAAAACUGCGUUGUCUAGGAACAGGGUUCAGUCUCAUUAGUCUAUCUGGUGGUCAGUUAUUGGUCCAGUCGGUUCCAGGUGAAAUGAAUAUGGAUCAAACUUUGGUGUUGGGGCUCGCAGAAAGUUCUGAUAGUCAUGUAACAGCAUCAGCCGUAAUGGAUAAAUUUGAUUGGACUAAAGAUCGUACAGACGCUGCCUUUCGCCAUUUAAUGCAAGAAGGUAUUGCAUGGGUUGAUGAUUUAGAUCCUUGUGGUGAAAGAGUAUUUUGGUUUCCUAGCUUAAUGGGCUCAAUAAUUACAUCAUAAAUGUAUACUUAAUGAUGUUAUACUGCUUUCAUUCCCUGUUUAUUUAUUUUAUGAAAACCAAGGGACUUUCACCAGCCAUUAUUUUCUACAUUAUGAACUAAAAAAAAUCUAAUCGUUCAUUGUUGAUCACUACCAUAAAAAGUUUACAUCUCUAAACCAACAAACAAUAAUUUAAAAUGACAUACCAAUUGACACUGUAGUGGCUCAAAGAAUUAAGGCCAUGCUCAAGAGCAUGUUUGAUUUUGUCUGCUUUUUAGCGUCGUUGCGAUAAUCGUUUUUUCAUCCCUGUGAAAUUUCG